AUGGAGCAGCACAUGACCAGCGUGCAGAGCCAGCAGGUGAAACAGUACAAGCAGUCGGUGGAAGCCCUGAUAGAUGAGUAUUUCAACAGCGGGGACCUGCAGGAAGCUAGCACCCGGCUGCAGGAGCUGGACGAGCCGGAGUACAACCACUUCUUUGUGAAGAAGGUGGUGACGCGCGCGCUUGACAAGCACAACCACGAGCGCGAAAUGGCAUCCAUCCUCCUCUCAGCACUCCUGGGCGAGGUGAUAAGCGCGGCACAGAUGGCGAAGGGCUUCAGGCGGCUGCUGGACGCGGCGGCCGACCUGCGCCUGGACGUUCCCGAGGCCCCACACCAGAUCGCGGCCUUCAUCGCGCGCGCUGUAGCGGAUAACGUGCUGCCGCCCGCCUUUGUUGAAGACAUUCCAGCAGAUGAGCUGGACGAUGUGGGAGUGGUGAAGGUGCGAUCUGGUGAGCUGCUGCGCGAGCCUGGGGCGGGCGAGCGCCUUGCCAACAUCUGGGGCUCCGGUGCCGGACUCGUCCUUGAAGAGACCCACGCCGCGAUGGGCCGCCUGCUCAAGGAGUAUGUGCGGUCGGGGGACUCGGCAGAAGUUGAGAAGGGGCUGCGGGCGCUGGCGGUGCCAUUCUUCCACCACGAGUUUGUGCGCCAGGCGGUAGUCAUCGCACUCCACAACACGCCAAAACAGGACUCCAUUCUGCAGCUGCUCGGCGGCUUCGCGGAGUCCGGAUUUCUGUCCACCACGCAGCUCGUCAGGGGGUUUCAGAGGGUGGCGGACAACCUGGAGCGUGACGUGGCGAGCACGCGCGAAAAGUUCGAGGCAAUAGUGGCGGCCGGGUGUGCGGGCGGCUGGCUGGAGCGCGGCUUUGAGGAGGGCUACUUGGGCGCGCACGGCCGCACCAACGGCACCGCGCCCACGCCCGAGGCCAAGGCGUUCAAGCAGGGCGUGAUUGGGAUCGCGCGCGAGUACUUCCUGUCAGCCGACACCGAGGAGGUCGCCACCGCUCUCAGCGAGCUGGCCAAGCCCGAGAUGCACCACAUCUUUGUCAAGCAGGCGAUUCUGCUGGCGCUGGACAGGCGUGACCGCGAGCGAGAGAUGGUGAGCGUGCUGCUGGCAGCGCUCAACCCCAAGACUGUCUCCGAGGACAGCAUCGCUCAGGGCUUCACCGACCUCAUGCUCGCAUGCGAGGACUUGGAACUGGAUCUGCCGGACGCAACGCACUACAUAGCGCUUUUCCUGGGCCGCGCAAUCGUCGACGAGGUGCUGCCGCCCGCUUUCCUGACUACCGUGCUGGCGCGUAUGAACGAUGACUCCCUGGGAGUCCACAUUGUGCGCAGCGCAGGCAACAUGCUGGGGGCCAGGCACGCCGCGGAACGGCUGCAGCGCUGCUGGGCGACACCCUUCGCAUUCUCAAUCGACCACCUGCGCCACAGCUUCCAGGCGCUGCUGAAGGAGUAUGUAGUAAGCGGUGUCUACGCGGAAGCUGCCGGCUGCCUGCGCGCGCUGGACGCGCCGCACUACCACCACGAGUUUGUCAAGCGCGCUCUCCUGGCAGCAUUCGAGGCGCCCGAGCAAGCGCCCGCGCUGAUGAGCCUGCUCGCCACGCUGACCGAGACCGGCCAGGUGUCACAGACGCAGGUGGACACAGGGUUCCAGCGCGUGGAGGGCGAUUUGGACGACAUCGAUUUGGACUACCCAAAUGCCAAAAAGCUGUUUGCUGACUACAAGGCGCAGGCAACCGAGUCUGGCUGGCUCUCGCCCGCAGCUGCCUAGAGGGUGUCAGGGUAUUAAGGGGUGCAAGAUUGAACAGCAGGGUCAACCCUGUCAUAACCCUAAUCACACCCCUCAAACUUGUAUGGCAGAGAUAGCUCCGAAACUUCCUCCCAGGCGACGCCAGGCGACUUUUGCUUGUCUGAGACUGGAGCUUGUGAGGUGUGUGUUCUGAUGUGCCAAAAAAAGGAAGGUGACUCUGGAUCAAAUGUAAGACAGCAGGCUUCGACGGCUGACAGCCUGUCAGUGACAGCAUAGGACUGUCGUACUCGCCAAGUAUUUGGGCGAGCAUGUGACAGCUGCACGUGCCUUUGUGCCGGGGUUUUGCAUGUGUCAUUAUGGCAUCAGCCGUGUUUGGCACACCCUGUUUGUGUGCACGUGCAUGGAGCUUGCUGCACAGCUGCAAAGGGUGUGUGAGUGGUGUACAACACAUGCAUAAUUGCGGCAUGCUAUACCAACACAGAGUGUUGCAGCGACUGUGUACUCUAUGAGUGUGAGUGUUUGACUUUUCUUGUAAUCAAGUGCAGCAGUC